AAUAGGUAAGUUGGCUAGUCUUCAAACACUAUCCAAUUUUAUUCUUACUAAAAACAGUGGGCAUCGGUUAAAAGAGUUGGGAAACUUAAUUUAUCUUCGGGGGAGGCUUUGCCUAUCUGGGUUACAGAACGUGGUGGUUCCAUUAGAUGCAAGGGAGGCGAAUUUAAUUGAUAAGGAGGGGUUAGAUGUGUUAUCAAUGGAAUGGAGUGUUAACUCAGAUGAUUCACGAGAUGGAAGAGUUGAAACAGAAGUGCUUGACAUGCUACAACCUCACAAAGAUUUAAAAGAGCUCCAUAUCAAAGGCUACCUUGGUAUAGGAUUUCCAAAUUGGAUAGGAGAUCCUCUAUUCUCCAAUAUGGCUGACCUAAGUUUAGAUAAUUGUGGAAAUUGUGUAUCCUUGCCACCACUCGGACAACUACCCUCGCUCAAAAAGCUUUACAUUAAAGGAAUGAGUGUACUAAAACAUGUCGAUCAUGAGUUUUACGGGCAGGGUAGUGCCAAACCUUUUCAAUUACUGGAGACUCUAAGCUUUAAGGAUAUGCCGGAAUGGGAGUAUUGGUAUACUUUUGAAGAUGAUAAGGAAGUUGAACCAUUUACUCAUGUUAGUGAGCUCUCCAUCAAAAAUUGUCCUAAACUUGUUGGAAUGUUGCCAAGUUAUCUACCUUGUUUGAAUAAUCUAAAGAUUAAGAAGUGCCCGCAAUUGCUAGUUGAAGUUUCCAAGGUUGUCCACCCGUCACUCACCUCUAUAGCUAUGAAUGACGUUCCUCUAACAAGCCUUCAAGCGGUCCUUGAGAUGAGGAGCAUGGUUGAUGACGAACUGAUAUCGGCAAAUGCAAAGUCUAAGCAUCCUAGUUCAAUAACUUCCUUGAGCAUUGGGAUGAUUAAGAAACUCGAGCUCUCGCCGAAAUGGGUCACUCAUGGGCUGAUGGAACUCGAAGCAUUGGAGAUCACAAGCUGUGAAGAACUCAAGUCAUUGUGGAAGAACGAGGAGAGAGUGCAACACAGUCUGAGUCUCCCUGCAUUCCGAUGUUUGAAAAUUGAAGGCUGCCCCCAGCUUGUUUCAUUGUUUGAAGAAGAUGAGGAUGAAGACAACAAAGGGCAACAUGAGCAGCAGCAGCAGCAACAAGAGGGACUCCCCUGCAUAGUGAGGAGGCUUGAGCAUCUAACAAUAGAUAAUUGUGAAAAGCUGGAGAAACUGCCACGGCUGCUACAUAGCUUCACUUUUCUUGGAGAGUUGCGUGUCUAUAAGUGUCCGAGUCUCGGCUCUUUUCCGGAGACAGGUUUUCCGUGCACGCUGAAAACACUCGAGGUACGUGAUUGUGAGACUCUGCAAUCCUUAUUCGGGUGUUUAACACAGAUUAAUGACAGUAAUCUUCAAGUGUUAGGUGUUAGUGAUUGUCCAUCCCUCACAUGCUUGAUAUCGUGCAGAGGUGGGGGGCUACCACCCACACUCAAACAGCUUCAGAUUAUUCGGUGUAAAAAGUUGGAGGCACUGCUAGUAGUAGAUGAGGGGAUGGAAAUUACCUGUCCAUCUCUUGAGUUUGUUUUGAUCAUGGAUUGUGAUAGGCUCAAAUACUUGCCAGAUGCCCUUCCUAAUAAUAAUAAUAAUCUUAGGAAUCUCAGUCGAUUGUUCUUGGCUGCGUGUAAGAAUUUGGAGUACAUUCCGGAAGGAUGGUUCCACUCCGCAACAAAUCUGGCAGAAUUGAGUAUCAUGGACUGCAAAAAACUCAAGGCCCUACCACACGGAUUGCAGAGCAUCAAAUACCUCACUUCUCUUCAAUCACUGGGGAUGAAUAUUUCACAAUGGAACAACAACUUCAAGGAGAUUGGUUUGCGCAGUUUAUCCUCUCUUAGAAGCCUGUCGAUUACAGGCGCAAUUAGCGUGGCAGAGGAUGAAGAAGAAGAAGACGAAGAAGAAGAAGAAGGUGUAGCGGGGUCCAGAUUUCCGAUAGAUGGGAAGUUGCUGCCCACCUCUUUGAUCUAUCUUAGUAUCGGGGGUUUCCGAAAUCUGGAGAAGCUAUCUUCUAAGUUGUUUCAAAACCUCGCCUCUCUUGAAGAACUUUCUAUCAGUGGUUGCCCUAGGCUCAAAUCUUUACCAGUGCAAAGGUUGCCUCCCUCACUUGAGAGGUUGUCGAUCUGGGGAAGUCGGAAACUAACAAGGAAGUGUGAAAAGGGGAAAGGCAAAUAUUGGCCCCACUUAGCUCACAUACCUAAAGUCGAUGUUGAUGAUGAUGAGCUCUGUUGUGGAGAUUCCCACCGCACCUAAAGUCGAUGUUGAUGAUGAUGAGCUCUGUUGUGGAGAUUCCCACCGCAGUUUUACAAGCACUCAAAUUGCCAGUUGUUGCCUAUAUAGUGAACGGGAAAAGUCGGAUUGAAAGUGAUUAAGCUGGUACAAAUUCUUGUUGAAGGGAGAAUUUUUUGGCCAGGCAAAUGAGGGUGAUGUUAAAAAAAAAAAAGGAAGAAAGAGAAUGAAAUGCUAUGAUGU